AUAUUGCAAAUAUAAUUACAUAUAUAUGAAUAUAUGAUAAAGUAAUUUGCAUUAUAUGUCAUAACAUUCGUAAUUUGUAGUAAGGAAAUUGAAAGUAAAGUUUUGAAAACAAAUAAUAACAAUGAAAUCAGAAAAUAUGGAUAUCAGAUGAAUAUAUUUGAUGUGUCAAACGAGGAAAUGAUAUAUCGAGAAUACAUAACGUGUUUAAAGAAACAUCAGCUUGCUAUAAAGUUUGUUGAUAUAUUAGAUUCCUCGUAUCAAGGACUUUCAUUAAUUGUAUUAAUAUUGGGUGUUGGAACUUUAAGUCUUAUUGGUAUUCGAAUCGUUUAUGUAUUAGAUCAAUGGGAAGAAAUAGCAAGAUUCAUGUUUAUAAUCAUGGGAGCAUUGAUGACUCUGCUGAUCGCGUGUUACUCCGGUCAGAAAUUAAUGGAUGAAAGCCAAAAUAUAUUUUUUCAAGCAUAUGCGACAAAAUGGUAUGAUUUCUCGCCUAGACUAAAAUCUCUACUGAUUAUACUUCUUUACAGAAGCAAUAUAUCGUGCGGAUUAAAGGCAGGCAAUAUAGUUCCAUUAUCGAUAGCGACUUACGCGGCGAUGAUACGGAUGAGUGUAUCCUAUUUCACAGCGUUUUUAUCCUUCAAAGAUUGAUUAUAGAAAUUUCACUUAUUGUUGUUCACCGAAAUGUCUUCGCAUGAUCUCAUUAUCAAUAAAAUAUAAUAAAGAAAUUUGUGGCUUCAUUUAUUCGAUAAUGUAAUGUAGAAUUUUAUUUAAACAGUCACUCUUAUCCUAUACUUUUUUUUACGAUUCUGCAUAAAAUAAAGAUCUUCAGGAGAUAUUUGAAUUAUAUUAAAUGUAGUUCACACAUUUUAUAUUAAAAAUUGAUGUAUUGUAAAAGAAAAAUAAGACGUAAAUUAUUUUUGCGCUUUUUUUCUAUGAUUUGUAUUCCUUCGUUAUGUAACGCUUUACUUCGAGUUGGUAUAUGUGCAGUAUAUAAUGCAAUAACUGAUAUCUGAUCGAUUAUCGGUAGCCGUAAUUAAGUUCGAAUAAGUUGCAUAAUUUCGAAUAUUUUUAUCAAAUAUGACGGCAUUACUUAAAACGUUACAAAAACUUUAUACAUACUAUGUUUUUUAUAUGUCAACGGCAUAAAGGAGAGAUAUGAAAUAUAGAAAUAGAUAAAAAAGCUCACCAAUUUCA